GAAGCUUCUUGUGUGUUCUCCCUGAGCGAGAGAGAAUGAAAAGGAUUGAGGACAAGCAAAACGCUGUGAAUCACAGCACAACUCUGGCCUGUAAUGCCAAUAUAUAAUGUGGAUCAGCUCUACCACUAAGACUAAGCUGUUGAUGUUUUUUAAUCUGUGCAUACGAUGCACUCCACUUAAUCUCACGUAUCGUGCUGCACUCUUCCCGGCGGACGAGAGGUUUGAGGAACAGGCUCUUGAGAGGAAAAUUAUCAGUUUGAAUUGUGGAGCAGGUGUGAAGUGUAAAGCACGGAGAGUGAACGAGAGUAAAUCUUUCAUUUGGAACCAAUGAGAUGAAUGAAUGCAAAGAGCUGUGGAGCUGAAAGAGAGCAAAGUAAAUCUAAACAAAGCUCACAAAGGAUUAUCCUCCAGUGAAGUGGGAGGAGUAAUUCAUGACUGGGGAUACAAAAUUAAAGUCUGCUCUAUCGUCUCAGUCUUCAUAACGUGAGACGACGAAAAGUCGCAGCUCCUCAAGACUUAGAAGAACGACAGUGUUAGAAAAUAUCUGUUUUUUUCUACGGCCCAAAAAGUACAAGUUAAAGAGAAUCAUCUGAGAAACAUCAAAUCACAAAGCUUAAAAUCACAGAGAGUAAAAAAGAUGGACGUAGCCUCCUUGACGUCACCUUCAGGUUUCUAAAGAGCGGUUUUGAAGCUCAGAGUGAGCUGCUCCGCCGUCGUCGUCUUGGCAGCACCCGCACCUCCUGGCUAAUCCAAAAAUUGGCAAAGAGGAGGGGCCGAGACUUCAGUUCAUGCCGGACCUUCUCCAUAGCUGGAUGUCAGAGUGACCCGGCAGAGAGCGAAGACAGCUGGAUGUCAGCCUGAAGUGUGAAGUCGUGGAGUUGAUGUGACAGACAUGAAGAACCUGGACCAGUAUGGACGAAGUCACAUGGAGAGUCUGGUCUAUGCAGUUCUGUCCAGUCUGGUGCUGGCUCUACUAGGCCUGCUGGGCUCGGUCCACGGCUGUCCCGGCGUCUGCACCUGCUAUGGUAACACCACUGACUGCUCCGCUCUCGGCCUCCUCUCUCUGACACCCAUCCUGGCGCUUCUGGACCAAGACUCCCUUGUCCUGCGCCUACCACAGAACAAUCUCUCAUCUCUGGGCAAGACAGAGCUGUCCAACCUCAGCAGCCUGGAGCUCCUGGAUCUUUCCCAGAACCACCUUUCCACCCUGCAGCCUGGAGCUUUCUCAGGCUUGAGCGGCCUUCGUUGGCUCAACCUCUCCGCUAACUACCUCGGGGUACGCCUGGCGACGUUUGACCCCAACAACAGUACAGAGGCCUUCCAGGGCUUCAAUGGAAGUCAGGGGAGCGUUGGCUUGAGCAAAGAGGUUUUCAAGGGGCUGUUGUGGCUGCAGGGGCUCGACCUGUCCUCCAAUGGCCUCCUUUGGCUGCCUAAGGGCCUCCUGGAUGGGCUUCAGAGAGUCACCUGGCUGUCCCUGGCCAGCAACCGGCUCGUGGCUCUAGACAGAGUCACCUUCGAGCCCCUGGUGGGGCUGCGGCAGCUCCAGCUGGCGGGAAACCCAUGGGAGUGCGACUGCAAGCUGAUGGACUUCAAGCACUGGAUGGAGUGGUUGAUUUACCGGGAUGGGCAGGUAGAUGCGAUGCAGUGCAGUCUCCCGGUGGAUUUGAAAGGCAGGGACAUCCGCAGCGUGCCGGCAGAGAUGUUCAGCUACUGCCUGCAGAGUCCGACCAAGGAGGGCGCGUCGGGUUACGUCACCCGGCCUCCCUGUCCGCCCGGCCGGGUCAGCGGCAAUGACGAGUGUGUUCGCCAACGUUACCGGCCCGUAAGCGUCCGCCGGGCACACGGCACGCAGAUUGUGGCAGGCGUGGUUUGCGGUACGGUGUGCGUCAUGAUGGUGGUCGCGGCGACUUAUGGCUGCGUCUACGCCUCGCUGAUGGCGCGGUACCAGAAGGAGAUGAAGAGCCGCGGCCAGCCUCUGAUGGCCGAGUCCGGAGCUGAGACCGACCUGGAGGACGGACCGAUGUCGUCCCCGAACUCGCCGGAGGAGACGCAGCCCAAGGAGCCAUGUGGCAUCGUGCACGGGUAUCGGAUCAGCAGCUUCUGACGCGGCGCUCUCGACUGAGUCUCGAUCCUCCCUGGAUGUUCUGGCUGCUUCUGAUCCUCAGCUCUCGUCAAUGAUGAGACGACACGUGGAGGGGGAAACCCCGCAGCUCUGCAAUCGUGCUGAAAACCUCUGGGCGGGACUGAUUGUACGGCUAAUGGAGCGGACUAGAUUAAAGGAAACUGGAAUGCUGCAGCACUUUAUUUUAAUGUAUGGAAGCUCUGUGAAUUGUAAUUCCCCAUGCUGCAUCUCUCUCGGCCAGCUUUGAAACUCCUGUUAAAGCUGCUGUUUGGCACUUCUGCACCUUGACUUCCCUUCAUCUGUGUUUUUUUUUGUUUCUUCUCUAGAAAUAUGAAACUGCCUUUUAUUCCCAAGCCCGACAAGCACAAACUCCAAACGUACAAAAGUCUGUGAAUCUGUGAACCUUUCUUUUUCCUCUUUGUUUUGUAUAUUUUACGUUCUUUAACACUUUGAGAAAUUAUCCUUUGUACCUCUGUUCGAUGGAUGCCGUGUUGAAUCCCCUCCACAUGACUCCAGAUCAGAGAGUCAGUAAACGCUGCUUUAAGCUUCACCACUGAGAUAAACUGCAUUCAAACAGAUGCUAGAGCUGUGCUGCCACCUAGUGGGCAAAGCUUUGAGCUACAACAACUUCUAAUAAUCCAGCACAAACAAACUCUGAAGCUCAACGACAGGAGCAGUUAUAUUCCCAACAUUACUACUGUAACUUCCUUAUGUGUUAUUUAUUUUCUCCAUAUUUUCUGUGAUAAGCACAUAAAAACAUUGUCUCAAAUCAAACUCAAGGACUGUUAAUCAUAUGCUGAAGAUAAUAAACUCUAUAUUUAUCUAUA